UCCGUUCCUGUGCCAGGCUGGCUCUGAUCUGCCCCCUCUUUUCCCGGCCUCCCCGGGCUCCGGUCUGGCCCUCGUGCCUUUCCAACUUUCUCUGGAGCCUGGGCUUGGGGCCAGCUCCGACUCCCCUCCCCCUGGCCUGGCUCCCCCUCUGCGGCUCCAGCUGGCCCCGCCCUCCCCCUCCUAAGGCGCUCCUGAUCCCUGGCCAGAGCUGGGCUGGCCGGUGUGGACACUCCCCCGGCACACAGACCUCUCCCUCCAGGGAGCCGGCCUGGACACGGCUGACGGAGGAGAUCCUGCUGCGCGGGAUGGGGGCCGCCGGCCCCGGCAGGUAGGGAGGCAGCAGCCGCGCUCCGGGACCCCACAGCCGUCCUGCCCACCUGUUGGCCCCUGCCCGGAGCCCCGGGCUCCUCUGCCCCUUCCCGGCUCGCAGCUGGCUCUGGGGGAGUCAGUCCCUGCCCGCGCUCCCUGCUGGUGGCCCUCGGCCUCUGAAAGGCCGGCCUAAGGGCUCGGCGUCCUCUAGCCCCCGCGCUGCCUUGGCGCUUCGCUGGCUCCCUGCAUCUCCCCCUGCCAUCUCCAGUCUGACCCCGUCAUCAUGGGGCUCUUUGCCUCUCUGCCUCUGGCCUCCCCCGGCUGUCUUUCUGUCUGUCUGGGAGCCAGCCUGGCCCUGCGGCCUCCCCUCACUGCCUCUGCGGCUCUCUCUGGCCCCUGGCUGUCUCUGGCCUCCCCUGACUGUCUCUCUGUCUCUGGCUGUCUCUGUCUCUCUGUCUCUGUCUGGCCUCCCUUGGCUGUCUCUCUGUCUCUGGCCUCCCCCAGCUGUCUCUCUGUCUCUGGCUGUCUCUGUCUCUCUGUCUCUGUCUGGCCUCCCUUGGCUGUCUCUCUGUCUCUGGCUGUCUCUGUCUCUCUGUCUCUGUCUGGCCUCCCUUGGCUGUCUCUCUGUCUCUGGCCUCCCCCGGCUGUCUCUCUGUCUCUGGCUGUCUCUGUCUCUCUGUCUCUGUCUGGCCUCCCUUGGCUGUCUCUCUGUCUCUGGCCUCCCCCGGCUGUCUCUCUGUCUCUGGCUGUCUCUGUCUCUCUGUCUCUGGCCUCCCCCGGCUGUCUCUCUGUCUCUGGCCUCCCCCGGCUGUCUCUCUGUCUCUGGCUGUCUCUGGCCUCUGGGGGGGAGGGCUGCGGGCCCCAGAUUCCCAGAUUAGGUAGUGACUUUGACAUGAAAUGGUCAUCCUCUAAGCCGCGUCUCUUGGCUGAAUAUGGAAACAUAAGCUGCUCGCGCCUCUGGGGGAGGGGGAGGGGGGCAAGGGGCAGGGGACGACGGGCCAGAGGCACCCUGGCCUGCGGGCGGGCUGGGCUGGAGAAGGGGCCGUGGGGGUGGGGCCCGGGUCGGACGAGGGCUGCCCCUCUUCUCCCCCCCCAGGUGCCCUACCACCUGCUAGCCCCCAUGGGGGUGUCCCGCGUCCUGCGGCGCCUGAGCGGCGUCCCCUCCUCGGCUGAGGAGGACCAGGGUGAGGGAGGCGGCCCGGCGGCCUGCCUCAACGGGCGCUCCCCCGGGGGUGCCGAGCUAGGCCUGGGCCCCCGGCGCCGGGGCCGCUUCGUCAAGAAGGACGGCCACUGCAACGUGCGCUUCGUCCACCUGGGCGAGCAUGGGGCGCGCUACCUCAGCGACCUGUUCACCACCUGCGUGGACGUGCGCUGGCGCUGGAUGUGUCUGCUCUUCUCCUGCUCCUUCGUGGCCUCGUGGCUGCUCUUCGGCCUGGCCUUCUGGCUCAUCGCCUCCCUGCACGGGGACCUGGCUGCGCCCCCGCCGCCCGCGCCCUGCUUCUCGCAGGUGGGCAGCUUCCUGGCCGCCUUCCUCUUCGCCCUGGAGACGCAGACGUCCAUCGGCUACGGCGUGCGCAGCGUGACGGAGGAGUGCCCGGCCGCCGUGGUGGCCGUGGUCCUUCAGUGCAUCGCCGGCUGCGUGCUGGACGCCUUCGUGGUGGGCGCCAUCAUGGCCAAGAUCGCCAAGCCCAAGAAGCGCAACGAGACGCUGGUGUUCAGCGAGAACGCCGUGGUGGCGCUCCGCGACCACCGCCUUUGCCUCAUGUGGCGCGUGGGCAACCUGCGGCGGAGUCACCUGGUGGAGGCCCACGUCCGCGCCCAGCUGCUGCAGCCCCGUGUCACCCCGGAAGGCGAGUACAUCCCGCUGGACCACCAGGACGUGGACGUGGGCUUCGACGGGGGCACGGACCGCAUCUUCCUGGUGUCGCCCAUCACCAUCGUCCACGAGAUCGACGCCUCGAGCCCCCUGUACGAGAUGGGCCGGGCCGAGCUGGCCAGGGCGGACUUCGAGCUGGUGGUCAUCCUGGAGGGCAUGGUGGAGGCCACCGCCAUGACCACGCAGUGCCGCUCCUCCUACCUGCCCGGCGAGCUCCUGUGGGGCCACCGCUUCGAGCCGGUGCUCUUCCAGAGAGGGGCCCAGUACGAAGUGGACUACCGGCACUUUCACCGCACCUACGAGGUUCCCGGGACCCCGGUGUGCAGCGCUCGGGAGCUCGAGGAGAGGCAGGCGCUGGGGGACGGCGAGAGCCCCGGGCCCAAGGCGGGCCUGCCUGGCGCCCUGGCCGCCUUCUGCUACGAGAACGAGGUGGCUCUCAGCUGCUGCCAGGAGGAGGAGGAGGCGGAGGAGGAGAGGGGGGAGGCCCAGGACGAGGCCGGCUCCAGGGCCCCCAGCCCGCCCCUGGCCCCGUCCCCCGGCUCGGCCUCACCCCCUUGAAGGGAGCCGGGCAGGGCCAGGGACUGUGGUUCCCAGGAGCGCAGGCUCGGCGCACAGCCUCCCGGGGGAUGCGGAACUUGUAGUCUUCGGAGGGGGACGACUUUCUCUGGGGCGUAGCUAGGACGGAGGGGGAGGCCGUGCAUGCACCCUGAACCCCGACCUCAAAGGGGGAGGCUCUCCUCACCACCCGCCCUUCCCUGGCCAGCUCCAUCGUGCUCGGAAUCCAGGAGGCAGGGGCCGGGCUUGUUCCAGACCCCCGACUCCCAAGAAGAACGGGGGACCCGCCUUGGGGACGGGGCCCGGGCGGUGGCCCCUCAUAUCUAUCCUAGCUACGUCUAUCUGCUCUUCCUCUUUGCUGACUGCUGCACCGGGGCUGGGCAAGCAUGGCCUUGGCCUCGGCGGGGAGGUCCCCGGGGGGCCGCCGCGGGAUCCCCUUCGGCUCAGGGAGCCUGGGACUUCGGGGCCCGGCUCGGCAGCCACCCAAGCCUUCGGGCUCCCGGGGACUCUUCUGGAAGGCCCUGGAGCGAAGCGGCUGGUGUUCCUGUUGGGACCUGGCUUGGCCUCUGGACACUGGGAAGGCUGCAGCAUGAGUCACCCCGACGGAGCUGCUGGGGCACAAGGCUGGCCCGUUGCCCUGCCUUGUCCCUGCCUGGGCUCUGGGGCGAGUGGAGGACGGUGAGGGACCCUGGGGUCCUUUCCACCAUUGCCUGGGGGCGGAGGGAACCCUCUUCCCCUUGGCCCCAGAAUAAAGACUGGUGAAGCCA